AUGUCAAGCUCAAAACCGAUCCUUUACUCCUACUGGAGAAGUUCGUGCUCUUGGCGUGUCCGUAUAGCUCUUAAUUUGAAAAAAGUCGACUAUGAAUACAAAACUGUGAAUUUAUUGUCGAAAGAGGAUCUAAACUCUCCAGAAUUCUUAGCAGCAAAUCCUGCUAAAAAAGUACCAGCAUUAGUUGUUAAUGGUGUACCACUUACUGAGAGUAUGGCUAUUAUGGAGUAUCUGGAUGAAGUAUAUCCAGACGGUUGUCCUCUACUUCCGAAAGAUCCCAUUCAGCGUGCGCAUUCCAGAGCAAUUGCUCUUCAGAUUGCUGCUGGAAUUCAACCAGUGCAGAAUAUACGCAUCCUGAAAUAUGUGAAUGAGCAGACUCCGGGGGCUGGUGCAAAGUGGGCUAACCAUUGGUUAACGGAUGGUUUCAAAGACUUGGAAGCAAUGCUAUCGCGUACCGCUGGUAUUUAUGCUGUCGGCGACAAGAUCACCAUCGCUGAUCUAUGUAUACCUUCAAUUAUUUAUAACGCUAAAAGAUGGGGAGUUGACGUCUCCGCUUUCCCAACACUUUGUAAAAUCGACGCUGCUCUCGCGGAGAUUCCUGAAUUUCAAGCAGCUCAUCCAGACAAACAACCUGAUGCAGAUCUAAAUGCUUAA